GCUAUGAAGAUUUUGCUGGCAAAACUGCCAAGGCCAUGGAUCGUGGACGAGAAGAAAGACGACGGAUAUACAGCUCUUCAUUUAGCAGCCCUAAACAACCACGUGGAGGUGGCAGAACAACUCGUUUUGAACGGAAAGGCGAACAUGGACCUCCAGAACGUUAACCUACAGACUGCCCUUCAUCUUGCUGUUGAACGCCAGCAUACUCAGAUAGUCAGGCUUCUAGUGAGAGAAGGGGCCAAUUUGAACAUAGCCGAUAAGGACGGAGAUACUCCUUUGCAUGAGGCGCUUCGCCAUCACACUCUUUCCCAACUACGUCAGCUUCAGGACGUCCAAGACGUAGGGAAACUACUGAUGGGACUUGGCACCCAAGGUUCCGACAAAAAAUCUUCAGCUAGCAUCGCCUGUUUCCUUGCUGGCAACGGCGCCGAUCUCACCAUCAAGAACAAGAAAGGGCAGACGCCUCUGGACCUCUGUCCAGAUCCGAACCUUUGCAAAACGCUCACCAAGUGCCACAAGGAUAAGCAGAGCGGCGAGAUGGAAAUGGGGCCCAACCAGAAUACUCAAAACUCCAACGCCAAUUCUACUCUGGAGGAGUGCUUGGUGUGCUCUGAUGCCAAGAGAGAUAUGAUCUUUCAACCGUGUGGACACGUUAUGUGCUGUUCAGCCUGCGCUCCCAGGGUUAAGAAGUGCCUGAUUUGUAGAGAAUCGGUGAUUACCAGAGUUAAGAUCGAAGAAUGCCUCGUUUGCUCCGACAAGAAGGCAUCCGUCCUCUUCAAGCCCUGCGGUCACAUGUGCGCAUGCGAAUUCUGCGCGCAGAUAAUGAAGAAAUGCGUAAUGUGUCGAGCUCAGAUCGAACGCUUGGUUCCUCUAACGGUCUGCGCAGGCGGUUUGGGUACCAUAUCGGAGGUGGAGGCCGACAUCGAAGAAGAGAUCAAGCCGUCGACCAGCGAAAUCCCGACGAUUAUUCAAGGACCGAUCAUGAACAACGGAGGAAGGGACACUACUAAUUCGAACGACAUUCAGAAGCUGCAGCAACAGCUGCAAGACAUCAAGGAGCAGACCAUGUGUCCAGUCUGUCUGGAUAGACUGAAGAACAUGAUCUUUCUCUGUGGACACGGCCUAUGUCAAAUGUGCGGUGACCAGAUGACGGAAUGUCCGAUCUGCAGAAAAGCCGUUGAGAAGAGAAUUCUUUUAUACUAGAAUUAAAUUUAGCGAAUUCUCCGAUGUGGAUUUUUUGUAAGAGGUGUAAAACUACUUCACUUCAGUUGUGAGUAGUGGCAUAUGAAGAAAUCCAUCAUCGGGGGUCUUAAUUGAAAAAGUAAUAAUGUAAUGUUAAGAGGUCGUCAUUCUACAGUUUUGUAUCAAUUUCAAAUAGUUUUUUUUUGUUUUUUAUUUUCUGUCAGAACUGAAAUUGUAACAAAGACUGAGAAUUAGCAUCUGCUCGGAAAAACAUCAAAUCAAAAGGUAAUUUACAAUAGAAAAUCGCAGAUUCAACCUGCCAUUGUCUUCAAGGUUUUCUAGAUUCCAAAUCAUCUGAUUCGGAAAUGUAAACCAACCACUAGAAAUGGUGAAAAUGCCUUCUUUGAUUUUUUCAUGGUAUUAUUUCGAAUAAUCCCCCAAUAUUUCCCACAUUUCUAUCAUUGAAACUCUGUUACUAGUUAAUUCAGAAGAAUGGUGUGAUACAUAUUCAAAAAUUCGAUUUAGGGUUGUAUGAAGUAAAUGAUUGAAAGAGUUUUUGUUGUUACUAUACUCAAUAUCUAUCUUAUUUUUCAUUGAGAGUUUACCUUCUUGUUUAUAUUCGUUGUUGUACAUCCUUAUUGGGGUACAUCCUCUUGUUCAGGGAUAUUCAAGGAAACCUUUUGAUUGUGGAUAUUUGGAAGUUCCAAUUUUUUCAAGAUUACAAU